AUGGCAUCAACAGACGAGUUCCGCCAUUAUUGGACCGAUGAAAUAACGUCGGAAGAUAGUGAAGCCUUCGACACAGAGAGGCACCUCUACGCGAGCAGAACAUCUGGAACCAGCGGUAUAUCCGCAGCAGAGGUCCAGGGGGCAUUAUUCCGGGAUGUCUCACUAAGACAGGCCAAAGACGAUGCGCAGUUCAAGAAACUGGUGAAAGGUCGAUGGAUGGAUCUAAGGUUCGCAAUUCGAAGAGUCUCGGAAUCAUUUUUCAAUUUCUUCCCUGAAGAGCCCUCUGGGGUACUCUUCAAUGCACUGACGCUCGAUCGUCGUAUACGAAUAUCAAACGCUAUAUCCGGCCUACCAGAGUAUAACCUAGGGGGGAUAACAACAAAAGAAUACACACGUUGGCUAUGGGAUAACCGGAUGAAAGCGGUGAAGCCUUCAAGGGCGGAGGAGGCACCACACGCAGAAAAUCGGUCCGAUAUGCGGGGCCAAGGUAGUGCAAGGCAGCAGCUAAAUAUGGAACGACAAGGGAAUAUGCAUCAACAGUCGGAUAUGUGGCGAUCGGAGGGGAAUGACUAUGAGAACUAUACUCUGCCACCUCUACGGGGCAGACACCCUCAUGCCGGAGAUUACUAUUAA